CGUUAGCUCGUCUGACUCGUUGUUGGGCAGGUUCAGUGCAUCAAGCAGUUAGCUAACAUGGGAUUAAGGGACUUUAGGUAAUGAUGGUACAUAUAUUCAUCAAAGAAAGCCAAUGUAUGUGCAUUAGCGCAAUUGCACGAAGCUGGCUGCUUUUUUUCUUUGGUUAAAAGCUGCAGAGACGUCGGCUUCUAUCAAAACAGCUCCAGGUUAGUUGCGGAGUUUGCUUCGUAGCUAGCUGGAUAGCUAAGGUCUGCUAACGCCAAGCUGUCAACUAUGAGACUGAAUUAAUCUGGUGGAUUUUUGCACUUACUUUACUUUUUAACUUUCUGACUGAUUUAUAAGUGUGUGAUGUAAAUAUGGAACACGCUCAUGAAGAUUUCUUAGAGGAGGAAGAAUUCAACAUCAGCGACAAACCAUCUGCAUCACCUUACAAUUCCCCUUUUCGGUCUACUCGACUGCACAUCCAGAGAAGCAAUGUCUGCUCUCGGGCUUAUUUUGUUGUGGUCAUGGUGUUCUUCCAUGUCUACAUACUGAACGUUAUCGCCUUGCUGCUUUACGUACACUACAACAACGGCCCUGGGGAUUUAGUUGGAGACGGGGGCUCCUCUGCACCAGUUACCGACAGCGGAAACAGUUUACACCAACCUGCCCCAUCGUCAAGAGAUCUACAUGUGGAGGACCAAAUCCAAAGUUUCAGUCUACCUCGCAUUGAGGGCAUACGGGUUGGACAUGUCCAGCAGGUGUCCCUUGUACCAGAUAAAACACAUGAAAUGAAGACACUCAGCCUAAAACCUCUGCUAUUUGAGAUCCCUGGUUUCCUAUCAGAAGAGGAAUGCCGGGUGGUGGUGCAGCUGGCUCAGCUCAAGGGUUUGAUGGAUAGCCAGUCAACAACGUCUAGCCGAGGACAAGAGGAGUCAAACCAGCCGCUACUUUCUCUCAGCACAGAAGAGGUCUUCAGUCUAUUGGAUCUGAACCAAGAUGGGCUGCUUCAGAAGGAAGAGCUUGUGAGUCAUUCCCGCUCUCGAGAUGGAACUUGGUUAAGUCCAGACAGCUUACGGCAGAUACUUAUGGGUCUUGAAGGCUCCCAAACAGGGAUGCUGACAUUGGGAGACUUUAGGCGUGCUUAUGAUGUGUCCCAACGUCCAGGGCAGCAGCAAAGCGGGAAGCUUCAUAGUCAUUUCAAACAGAGAAACAAGCAUACAUGGCUUCAUCAAGGGCCAGGAUCUCACCAUGUGCUGCAAACACUCAAGAGCAGGGUAAUCAGUUUGACACGUCUGCCCUCUGCACUGGUUGAAGUGAGCGAACCACUGCAAGUAAUUCGCUAUGAGAACGGACACUUCAGCAAUGCCCAUUAUGAUAGCAGCCCUUCCCAUUCAGAGACCACUUGUGCACAUACACGGCUGGCAGGAAACACAUCUGCUUUCACAGAGGUGUCUUGCAGGUAUCUGACUGUCUCAUUCUACCUCAACUCUGUAGAGGCUGGUGGUGAAACCACCUUCCCUGUGGCAGAUAAUCGGACCUAUGAAGAGAAGGCUCUGGUCCAGGAUGGGGUUGAUUUGACAGACACCCAGCAGACAUGUGGCCGAGGGAAUCUGAGAAUCAAACCCACUGCUGGGACAGCCCUCCUCUGGUACAACCAUCUCUCUGAUGGAAGAGGUUGGAUGGGUGAGUUAGAUGAGUUUUCCCUGCAUGGCGACUGCCCAGUUGGGCGAGGGGUGAAGUGGGUGGCCAACAGCUGGGUGAAUGUGGACCCAAAUCACCAGCAGCAGGCCCGCUAUCAGAGACUAGUUGCUCAAAGGCAGCAUGUUAAGCCUGGCAUGGAGGACCAUUACCAGUCUGUUUCACACAGUGACCUCCAUCAGGAUCUAUAGCCAGGCCUUUUAUUGGCACAACAAAGUAACCCUGCUUUUGCAAAUGAGUUCUUCUCUCAUUAGUGAAUAAAGUGACAUCUGGCUGACAUUUCCACAAUGUCAGAUGUUCUAGUUAAAAUGAAAAUUGCACAUAAUAUAACAUAUCACCUCCUUUUAACAUGCAUUUAUUAGAGAUUUUGAUAUAAACGUCAGGGGACAGAAUCAGUUUCCAAUUAAAUAGACAUAAAUAACAUAUACACAGAUUUUACAGAAUGAAUGUCAUUCUUUUGAAACUGCACCUUUCAAAAUAGACAAUAGAUACAGUUAUGCUAAAAAUGAUCUAUACCCUUGGCAAAUUUAAACUUGGAAGUUAUUUUUAAAUAAACCAACACAUUUCUUCUGACUGGAAAGGAGAUAGGUGUGUGUAAAAUGUGAUGCUACUGUAUGUUAUAGACUUCAGUGAAAUAAGAAACAAUUAUGCUUGACUUACAUUUUAUGAAAAAUGGCAUGUCCAGAAUUAUUCAUAGCCAUUGUAAGUUGUCAGUCUAUGGGAAAAUGGAAGGUUCUACCUUUCCAAAUACUCUUUGCUGUUCUGAAGCAUUUCCCUGAUUAAUUGGGAACUGCUUUUUCAUCAACUAAGUAGGUGGGACCUGCACUGGCAGGGCUCGUAGUUCGAGAGGUGAAAAAGAAUCCAAGGAUAACAACCAAGGCCAUCCUGAGGAGUCUGGGCCAUGCUGCUGCCAACAUCUCUAGGCAGACAGUCCAACAGACACUGCUUACUGCUGGAUUGCACAGAUGCAAACCAAGGAGAAAACCACUUCUCCAAAUAAGGCACAUAAAGGCCCUCCUGGCUUUUGCAAAAUCUCAUCUGGACAAAGAAUUGGGUUCUUCUGGUCUUCUGUUUUGUGGUCACAUGAAACAUAAGAUUAUUUGGCCACAAUGCUGUAGCCUUCAUUUGGCAUAAAAAAAGACCAUUCCCACAGCCAAGCAUGAAUGUGGGAACAUAAUGCUUUGGGGCGUUUUUCAGCAAAUGGGCCAAGCAACCUUAUUAAAGUAAAUAGUAUAAUGAAAAAUAGUGUUUGAUGCUGUUAUAGCCAAUAGAGGCUUUUCCACUGAUUAUCAAGAAGGGUAUGAUUAAAUGUAGACAUGCCAUUUUUUGUACAAGUGUAAAUAAAAUCAUAGAAUUUUUUUCCCCACAAGUGAUACCUUGUAGCUUUUGGGAGAUAUCUGUCAUUUACAGUCAGAAAAAAAAAGUCAUUGGUUGAAUAAAAAUAACUUGGACAUCUAAAUUUGCCAGGGAUAUGAAUAAUUUUGAGCCCAGCUAAGCGUUUUAUGGUGGCUUGUUAAGGAUGCAGUCAUAGAGAAGAGCCUGAUUACAAGCCUUCCAUUUAGGUUUACCAGGUAUCAGGUCCCUGUUGCAGGUCACUUUUUAUUUAUUAGUAUGGAAUUAAAGCCUUUUGUUAAAAGCCAUCACAAUGGUCAUAUGAAUGUGUUUCUAAGAAGUUUUUGUGAGAUUUUUCUUUCUUUGUCAGCUCUGUUCUUCAAUAUUGUUUCCAAAGUUAAGGAGCUUUUAUUAGUGUUAUUUAAUAAGAUAUGUCUACUGCAAAUGCAGUCCUUCAGGUGAAACUCAUUUAGGUUUUAGUAUAUUUAAACGUGUGUUUCUCAUCGUUACAACUCAGACGUAUUUAUUGUCAGACUAUUUAUUUAUUGCCACCUGCCAAUUAUGUAAUUUAAAGUAAUGUGUAUUUAUAAAAGCUUGAUGUUGCACUGAAUCUGUUACUGUGUGUUAUUGUACUUGCAUGUUAUGACAUGCUUUGAAAUAUACUGUAUAAAGCUCUUCA